UUUGUCCUCGAUGAAAUGUGAAAACCGCUAGACUCUCGUAGCUCUGCUCGCAGGCAGAUGCUGCAAAAUCCCGGGGCUUCUCGCUUCUUCUUCUAUCCUCUAUCGAACACUCGAAAUUACGUGUGCCAGCUAUUCAUUUCUCGCGAAACAUCUUCAUGUAAACGCCUUUAAAAGUUCUUCGCUCAAGUCUUUUUCGUCUCAUUCCAAGAGGGAUCAUUCGCUCGUUGUUGAUUUAUCCACGACCGAUUCAAUAUGGAAGACUUGAACAAAGACCAAAUUGUCCUUCUCAAGAAAGCCUUCGAUGCUUUCGAUCAACAGAAAAAAGGCUGCAUCGGCACCGCCAUGGUCGGUACCAUCCUCACCAUGCUGGGUCACGAACUCAGCGAGCAAACACUCGCCGAUAUCAUCGCUGAGGUUGACGAAGAUGGCUCGGGAGAGUUGGAGUUCGAGGAAUUCUGCACCCUCGCUGCUAGGUUCUUGGUCGAGGAGGACACGGAAGCGAUGCAGCAGGAACUCAGGGAGGCUUUUCGCCUGUACGACAAGGAGGGAAACGGUUACAUAACGACAGACGUGUUUCGUGACAUUUUGCACGAGCUCGAUGACAAAUUAUCGCCGGAAGAGCUCGACCUGAUGAUCGAGGAGAUUGACGCCGAUGGGUCCGGAACUCUCGACUUCGACGAAUUCAUGGAAGUUAUGACCGGCGGGGACGACUAAGAAUGCUUGUAUUUCUACGUAACAACAACGUGGACAAACGAAAUAAAAGGUUUUAUGAAAAAUA